AUGACCCAUCAUCACGGUCAUGGGAGGAGACGGCCCCUCAUAGGGUCAGAGAUGCGGCGGAAGUUGACGUCGGAAGCUUCCAACAUCGACACACAGCCAGCUCUUUAUCAUGAGCAUCACCACUUUCGCCCCCACAAUUCUGCACAUACAGAGCUGGAAGAGCACAUACCGGACGAAAAUGUCGUUGAUACGCAUGUUCAACCUAUUGCAGAUGCAGAUCACGCCCUCCACCGAAGGGCUAGCCACGCUGUACAGACAGUAACGACAUAUGUGGCCACACAGAUAGAUUUGAUUCUGGAAAGCGGAUCAAAGACAGUUGCCCAAUAUACCGUGUCGUCACUCCCUGCAGUCAUCACCGAUCCCACGUUUGGCGUCAUCACCAUCCCCGCCAACGCAGGCUCUCCUGUGACCGCGGGACACCCAUUACCAGUACCAGCGGCAACCGAAGCUACGGCGACUAGACCGACAGCUAUGGCAGCAACAGCGAAUCAGCAAGUACCUAUCAAUCCAUCUUCUACAUCGUCAUCAUCAUCCUCCUCCUCCUCCUCCUCCUCCUCCUCCUCCUCCUCCUCCUCCUCCUCCUCCUCUUCUUCUUCCUCUUCCUCCUCCUCCUCCUCCUCUUCCUCCUCGUCAUCCUCGUCAUCAUCCGAACCGUCACAAACAUCUGCCACGCAGUCCUCAUCAAAUUCAUCAACAAUCUCAGACGCUACAACCUCCGUCACCACAACAUCUACCAGUGGUACUAUUCCAACAUCCAUAUCCAAGACAUUGUCUGAUACUACCUCUAUUUCUACCUUUACCUCAUCUUCUGACUCUACCACAACCGUAUCGGCCUCUUCAGGUUCUUCGACUUCUACAACCAGCCUAUCGCCGAGCUCCACAACAUUAUCAGAUGGCGCAGUUAUACCUAUAUCUGCCACAUCUACCUCCACUGCCACAUCCACAGCAUCGUCAACAGCAAGUGUUGAUUCGUCGAGUAGUGGCGUCGACAAGUCCAAAGUUGUCGGGGGUGUAAUUGGCGGAGUCUUCGGCCUGUUGCUGAUCUUGGUACUUGCAUUCCUGUUUUUCCGGUGGAAGAAACUACGCUCAACUGAGACAGCAGGCUUGGCUAGUCGAGGUGGCCAUUUUGGUGGUGAUACUCGAGGCUUCCAGUCCCGCUCUGGCGAAAUGUCAUCUCAACGUUCGAGUAAUCCUGUCGCCACUGCUACAUUGUUAGGUCGAUGGCCUUCUUCUCCUGGCUAUGCAGGUGGAAACAACACAAGUGAGCGCGGCUUUCAGAAGAUUUCAGGUCGCAAGAUUCCGUCGGUCCUCCGUACAGGAGGCGAUGGAUACGGCGGCGAAAUCGAGGAAGAGCCCAUACCGGACUUGCUAACGCCGCCUCUGGAAAGUAUCAGUCCUGUGUCUCCUUCCAGUGCCAUCCAUGGAAACCAUCAUCACUCUCUAGUCCGGAUUGACUCUGGUGAUAUGGCCAUGAUGCGUCCAUCACCGGCUAGGACUCCAGCAACGAGUAGCGUUGAUUUGGCAUCCUCGGGGUCUGGCUUACACGUAGUUGUUUCCCCAUUACGACCUGAUUCCUUAGGCCGAAGCUUAUCUAGGCAUGACGGAAGCAGAGACAGCCGCUUUACAGAGAACAUUUGA